AUGGACACAGUGACCGUGUAUCAUGGCAACAUCAGCCGGGAGACAGGGGAGAGACUCCUGCUGGCCACGGGUCUGGAUGGCAGUUACUUACUGAGGGAUAGCGAGAGCGUCCCUGGUGUGUACUGCCUGUGUGUUCUGUAUCAAGGUUACAUUUUUACAUAUCGAGUGUCUCAGACAGAAACAGGUUCUUGGAGUGCCGAGACAGCACCUGGGGUACAUAAAAGAUUUUUCCGGAAGAUAAAAAAUCUCAUUUCAGCAUUUCAGAAGCCAAAUCAAGGUAUUGUAAUACCUCUUCAGUAUCCAGUUGAGAAGAAGGCCUCAGACAGAAAUGCUCAAGAUUCUUCAGGUAAAAGAGAGAAUCCUGAUGUCUUCCUGAAAGCACCAUGA